AUGUUGAUGAUUCGGGAUGAUGUGGAUGAAUAUAUUUAUGAUAAUAAUGAGGACUAUGAUAAUAAUGAUGAUGAUGUUGAUGCUGCUGAUGUUGAUUGUGAUGAUAAUGAUGAAGAUGAUGAUGUUGAUGAUGUUGAGUAUGAUGACGACGAUCAAGAUCAUUCGCACGAUGAUCAUGACCAUGAUGAUGACAUUGAUGAUCUGAUUAUUCCGACGAUGAAGCUUUCAAUGAUGAUGGUCCUCGAGACGAUGGUGAUAAUGAGCUUGAUGUUUACGCUCUUGAUGACAAGGAUGUUGUAA